UGUGUCGUGAGGUCCCGCGGGCGGCGGUGCGGAGCGGGCGUCGGCGUCGCCAUGUCUCCAGGCAGCGGUAUCAAGAGCGAGUACAUGAAACGCUACCGGGAGCCGCGCUGGGACGAGUUCGCGGCCUGCUACCGCGAGCUGCGGCGCUACCGCCUGGGGCGCCGGCUGCUGGAGCAGGCGCACGCGCCCUGGCUCUGGGACGCCUGGGGCCCGAGUAGCUCCUCCGACAGCUCGGCCUCGUCCAGCCCGGCCUCGGCCAGCCCCGCGCCCCCGUGCUCGUCCGCCGAGCCUGCAGAGCCCGCGGGGCAGGAGGAGCCGGAGCGACGGGACGCGGAGGCCGGGGACCCCCGAGUCACGGGCGAGCCGGACGCGGCGCAGUCAGCACUACUGGUGAAAGAUGGAGAAGGAAAACCAGAACCAGAACCCAGAACAAAAGAUACAUCUGACAAACCAGAACCCAUAACAAAAGACACAUCUGACAAGUCGCCCUCCAGCAUCAAGCCUGGACAGCAACCAAGUGCCUUAUUUGCUCUAGAGAAUAAGAAAUCAGUCAGAAGUCCGCAGAGGUCAUCAAGUCAAAUAAAGGAAAACAAGCACCCAUUUGCUCUUUAUGGCUGGGGAGAGAAACAGAUGGAUACAGGGAAUCAGAAGACCCACAAUGUCUGUGCAUCUGCCUCUGUGAAUGAGAUUCACGAAUCAGCAUUAAGAGCCAAGAACAGAAGACAGGUGGAGAAAAGGAAACUGGCUGCUCAAAGGCAGCGUGCUCACUCCGUGGAUGUGGACAAGAGCAGGAAGGUGAAGGUCUCCACCGAGAACCCGUGGAUGACGGAGUACAUGCGUUGUUACUCAGCAAGGGCCUAGGAACUGCUUGUUCUAGAAUGUGCUCAUGACAGAAGAGAAAGGAAAACGAGAACUAUUAAAUGAAACCAGUGGUUUGAAGAAACACUGAACAUGCAAGGCUUUUCUUAGGGAAUUUUCAGAAGGUCAUUUUAUUUUGGUGAAUAUCGGUCACCUACCUCAGUAGUAGGGAGAGAGUCAAAGCCAUAGACAUUCAGUUACUUACAAAGACAAGUCUCUAAUCUGAUAUUCUUGUAAGAAUUUUAAAACAUCUUUAUCUUUUAAGAUACACCAAAUGCCCUUAAACGGCUACAGAUACGUCUUGACAGACAUCUCCUUUAGUGUAGCAGAGCCCCUCUCAUCCGGUUCUGAGCCUUGCCACAUCCCAUUGUUUGUGGGAUUAUUCCAUCCUGCAGCACAGGGCUCUAUUUUAUUUUAUUUUUUACUUAACUAUAUGUAGUUUUCUUUGCAAAGGAGUAUCAAGUGAAAAAUGGUUUUCAUUACUAUAAUUGAUUCCAUUUGUAAUGAGACUAGAACUUUGGUAGCUACUAAAAAUUAAACAAUGUAUUUAUUUUUCAGAUUGCAUCACUUUCUGUGUAGAUUGUAAUAUCUGGGCAAGGCAAGGGUUACUUUCCCUUUAAAUGAUCAUCUAGGCAUUUAUGUGGUAGUUUAAUAGUUUAAAUACAUUCUGGUGAGUUAAGUAAGUUCAGUGGGUUAGAAUAGUAACGAGGUUUCUUUUGAGUCAGAGUUUCAACUUUUUUAAAUUGCAAUAUUUGUGUUUAGAACAUAUGAGGUAGUCAGCUACUUGUUAGUCUGGUCUUUUGCUUGCCAUACACUCCCUGUGGACACCUGCCUCUUUUUCAGCAGCUGGCAGUGAUGUUUAGAAUUUGUAAUCUGAAAUUACAUUUAAUGAGUUGAAGUUGUUGCCUGUCAGGAAGAGGUUCUGGGUACAGGCAUGGCCACCUGAUUUCUCUGCAGAGUGUACUGCAAGUUCAGUGAUGAUGGAUGUUUGUAUGUUAGGCUGUCUACUUUACCACUUGAUUCCUGGCUAGCUGGUGGGACAGAUGUACUUAAACAGUGGUUCACUCUUUAGUGCACUUGCCUUUAGGGUCUUAGAGAAUACAGGCUUCCCUCAGUCAGGCAUUCUUCUCUAUCCUGCAGAGAAGACUCUUCUAGAAGGAUGAGUGUUACAUGCUUUUGCAUAUAGAGAGCUGCCCUUUGCCAGCUCUGACUUGAAGAUGUUGGAUGAAAAUCUGGUGUUAGACACCAGGUUGAACAUUUCCUUGGUGUUUUUAUUCUGUGUCUUACAGGUCAAUAAUCACUUCUUAGAACACAAACUGGUUUCAUUCCAUAUAAAAUUGUAACUGUAUUAAGCUUUGGAAAUGCAUUUUGAAGAAUAAUGUUUUUUAAAAAAUAUUUAAAGAUAUUUGCAUAGUUUUGUAUAGUCUCUUUUAUGUGGAGAGCUUUCCUAAUCACUGAAAUGUAUAUUAAAAAAGAGGAAAUUCUC